CUUCACGAGAUGCGCGCAGGAUCCACAGCUGUGUGCUUCCUGCGAGGCGGCUUCCAACGCUUCCAGGCAUGCUGUCCGGAUCUGUGCUCUGAAGCCCCUGCCCAGGCGCUAUCUCCUGCAGGGGCAGAAAAUAACAGCUCUGACCCUAGGGUUCCCAUCUAUGACCAGGGUGGUCCUGUGGAAAUCUUGCCUUACCUGUACUUGGGCAGCUGCAGCCACUCCUCAGACCUUCAGGGGCUGCAGGCCUGCGGUAUCACAGCGGUUCUCAAUGUCUCUGCUAGCUGCCCCAACCACUUUGAGGGGCUUUUCCAUUACAAGAGCAUUCCAGUAGAAGAUAACCAGAUGGUGGAGAUUAGUGCCUGGUUCCAGGAGGCUAUUGGCUUCAUUGACUCAGUGAAGAAUAGUGGGGGCCGGGUGUUGGUGCACUGCCAAGCCGGUAUCUCUCGCUCGGCUACCAUCUGCCUGGCAUACCUGAUUCAGAGCCACCGGGUUCGGUUGGAUGAGGCCUUUGACUUCGUUAAGCAACGCCGGGGAGUCAUCUCCCCCAACUUCAGUUUCAUGGGGCAGCUGCUACAGUUUGAGACCCAGGUGCUAUGUCACUGA